GCCUUCUCCCGCCACCUCUCGCCCAAGACUAUCAUCAGCGCCUAGCCGAUUGUACAUACCCUCACCAUUUGUCAGGCGCUCUCUCCUUCCUCCCCUUUCCAUACGAUGAGGCGGACUUCUCACUUCUGCAUCAUCUACAUAACCUAGACAUGGCAUGAUAGUCUCAGUGGGGGCUUAUCCGAGGGCCGCAGCGGAUACCCAGUAUUUGCGACUCCCGCAGUUCACCCUCCACCACUCUACAUCCUCAUCUCUCUACAUUUGGCCUGCUUCUGGAUCUCGUGGUCACCCACAAGCUCCUGCAUGACUACCCUGCUCCGGAAGUUCUGCCGGGGGAAGGGACCACACGACGUAUGGCUCUCUCUCUCUCUUUCUCUUUUCUGGUCUCUAUCUGAGACUGGGGAAUGUUCUGCGUGGGUUUCGAAUUACAUAAAGGGCGUAUAUCGGCGUUUUUGGGGAUACGAUUAUCUCGGCGGCGUCUGGCGCAUGGGAAGGAAAGACGGUUUCUCUCUCCCGACGGCGUCGGUUGGCCUUCACCCGGAUUCCUGGCCAACAUGGAGGAUGCUGGAUGACCGAAAAAGAAGACCUACUGCCUCUGCCACGGGCCACGGUCUUUCGAAACGAGGUGCUUAUUGUUGCCCCGGUGGUGGGAGAUAGGAGGGAUUGCGGUUUUGCCUCGGACUGUAAAGAGAGUCAAUCAGGGACG